UAUGAGGGUUGAAUGUAAGAUGGCGCCCAGGGAGCUGUGAGGGGAAAAUCCUGUCGGUCUUGGUGCGGCGACGGCAGAACCGGGCCCCCGAGCGGUGCAGCGGGGCCGGCGGGUAGAACGGCGGCGGCGGCGGCAGCGGCGGCGACGACGUCGCCGGAAUGUUACAAGUCUUAAGAACUCAGGACAAGCAGCAGAAAUACAUGCAACAUGGUGACUGGAACCCUAAGGAGUCUACAAUAUGAAUAAUUCUCUGGAGAACACCAUCUCCUUUGAAGAAUACAUCCGAGUAAAGGCACGGUCUGUCCCACAACACAGGAUGAAGGAAUUUCUGGACUCACUAGCCUCUAAGGGGCCAGAAGCCCUUCAGGAGUUCCAGCAGACGGCUACCACUACCAUGGUCUACCAGCAGGGUGGGAACUGCAUUUACACAGACAGCACCGAAGUGGCCGGGUCUUUGCUUGAACUUGCCUGUCCAGUCACCACCAGUGUUCAGCCGCAGACUCAGCAAGAACAGCAGAUCCAGGUUCAACAGCCACAGCAGGUUCAGGUACAGGUGCAGGUACAGCAGUCUCCGCAGCAGGUUUCGGCUCAGCAGCUCUCCCCGCAGCUUACCGUUCACCAGCCUGCUGAGCAGCCCUUCCAGGUCCAGGUGCAGAUCCAAGGCCAAGCACCACAGCCGGCAGCCCCUUCCAUCCAGACCCCAUCUCUGCAGAGCCCCAGCCCCUCACAGCUGCAAGCAGCCCAGAUCCAGGUGCAGCACGUGCAGGCAGCCCAGCAGAUCCAAGCUGCAGAAAUUCCAGAGGAACACAUCCCACAUCAGCAGAUCCAGGCUCAGUUGGUGGCUGGCCAGUCUCUUGCUGGGGGUCAGCAGAUCCAAAUCCAGACUGUGGGUGCCCUCUCUCCACCGCCGUCCCAGCAGGGCUCACCUCGGGAAGGGGAGCGGCGGGUUGGCACAGCCAGUGUUCUCCAGCCAGUGAAGAAGCGCAAAGUGGACAUGCCCAUCACUGUGUCCUAUGCCAUCUCAGGGCAGCCAGUGGCCACUGUGCUGGCCAUUCCACAGGGCCAGCAGCAGAGUUACGUAUCUUUGAGGCCAGACUUACUGACAGUGGACAGUGCCCACCUGUACAGUGCCACUGGGACCAUUACUAGCCCUACAGGAGAAACCUGGACCAUCCCUGUUUACUCUGCCCAGCCCCGGGGGGAUCCUCAGCAGCAGAGCAUCACUCACAUUGCCAUUCCCCAAGAAGCCUACAAUGCAGUUCACGUCAGUGGCUCACCCACGGCCUUGGCAGCUGUAAAGCUAGAGGAUGACAAGGAGAAGAUGGUGGGCACCACAUCUGUAGUGAAAAACUCCCAUGAAGAGGUAGUGCAGACCCUUGCAAACUCUCUCUUUCCAGCACAGUUCAUGAAUGGCAACAUCCACAUUCCAGUGGCUGUGCAGGCUGUGGCAGGCACAUACCAGAAUACAGCUCAGACUGUCCAUAUAUGGGACCCUCAGCAGCAGCCACAGCAACAGACUCCCCAGGAACAGACGCCUCCGCCGCCGCCGCCGCCGCAGCAGCAGCAGCAACAGCAGCAGCUCCAGGUUACUUGUUCAGCUCAAACUGUUCAGGUUGCCGAAGUUGAACCACAGUCACAGCCACAGCCUUCCCCAGAACUUCUGCUUCCAAAUUCUCUGAAACCAGAAGAAGGGCUCGAAGUAUGGAAAAACUGGGCCCAGACCAAGAAUGCUGAGCUAGAGAAGGAUGCUCAGAACAGACUGGCGCCCAUUGGGAGACGUCAACUUUUGCGAUUCCAAGAAGAUCUCAUCUCUUCUGCUGUGGCUGAGUUGAAUUAUGGGCUCUGUCUAAUGACACGAGAAGCUCGAAAUGGAGAAGGAGAACCCUAUGAUCCCGAUGUACUCUACUAUAUUUUCCUGUGCAUUCAGAAGUAUCUUUUUGAAAAUGGACGGGUUGAUGACAUUUUCUCCGAUCUUUAUUACGUUCGAUUCACGGAGUGGCUACACGAAGUUCUGAAGGACGUUCAGCCCCGAGUCACUCCACUUGGCUAUGUCCUGCCCAGCCACGUGACUGAGGAGAUGCUGUGGGAGUGCAAGCAGCUCGGGGCUCACUCCCCUUCCACCCUGCUGACCACCCUCAUGUUCUUUAAUACCAAGUACUUCCUAUUGAAGACAGUGGACCAGCACAUGAAGCUGGCCUUCUCCAAGGUCUUGCGACAGACAAAGAAGAACCCCUCCAAUCCUAAGGAUAAAAGCACGAGUAUUCGGUACCUGAAGGCACUUGGGAUACACCAGACUGGCCAGAAAGUUACAGAUGACAUGUAUGCAGAACAGACGGAAAAUCCAGAGAAUCCACUGAGAUGUCCCAUCAAGCUCUACGAUUUCUACCUCUUUAAAUGUCCCCAGAGUGUGAAAGGCCGGAAUGACACCUUUUACCUGACACCUGAGCCAGUGGUGGCCCCCAACAGUCCAAUCUGGUACUCGGUCCAGCCUAUCAGCAGAGAGCAGAUGGGACAGAUGCUGACUCGGAUCCUGGUGAUACGAGAAAUUCAGGAGGCCAUUGCAGUGGCCAGCGCAAGCACCAUGCACUGAGAUCCCUUAGCCAUGGUGCAAGGGAGAAAGCAUCCAGGAAAAAAUGGACAGACUUUCACACUAAAGAAGAGGCCUCCACUUUUUCUUUUCCUUUUUUAUUGGUGUAGUAAUGAAGCCUUUUGGACUGCUUCUGUUUAAAAUGUAAAAGGAAACUUUGGCCCUUGUGCAUCUUCAUAAACCUGCUGUGGCAGACUCCUCAGCCCAUGGCGGCUCUGGGUUUCCUGAGAGCCAGGUGUUCUAGAAAGUUGCUGGCUGACUUUUUCUUUCUUUCUUUUUUUUUUUUUUUUUUUCCUUUUCUUUUUUCUUUUUAUUUUGUCUGGGGCCUGGGGAAAGGGCUUGGACUGUUAGGAGAAAUGUGGCCCCUUCCCUUCCUCUUGAAAGACGGACUUGGUGGAUGGACCCUCCAGGGACUCUCCAGCUGGCUUCCACUCUGGCCAACUUUGCUGACCACAGGGGGAUGGUCUUUUUCAUGCUCAGACAUAAACUUAGCAUCUUAAUGGAAGGAAAAUGAGGGGAACUUCAAUUAUGAUUUAUUAAAGACAAUUUCUAUUACACCCUCCUUUAUGACAAGUGACAUUUUAGAUGUUAAAGUAAAAACUUUACCAUGGCUUUUUUUUUUUUUUUUUUUUUUUUUUUUUUUUUGGCCUAACAUUGAGGCCUUAAACUUGAGGCUCCUGUGCCUGAUGGAAUUCUUGUAACAUACACUUGUGUAUCAUAUAAAGAUACCACUCUGUUUCUCUUAUGUAUUCUUAAUCUAGUUGUUUAUUAAGAAUGACAAGCACGUCUUUUCAAUAUGAUAGUGAACAACGCCUCUUUAUUUGGGAGGAGACUGGCGGAACAGUGGAAGCAAAGCAGUGCCUGUUAAUUGAACAGGCAAAGGUCCUGUGGGCGGGGGCAAUACUACGCGGCUAGUGCAUGCUGUGCGCAUGCGCUUCUUACACCACCACCUCGGUCG